AUCCCUCUCUUUUCUCAGCUUGACGUUUCUCAGAACGAGAACUCCAAGCUUUACCCUCUUACCUACUCCCCGCCCUCUCUCUCUCUCUCUCUCUCUCUCUCUGUAGCUUCUCCCCCUUUCUCUGUACAAAAAUUCUUACGCACGCUGUCGCCAUGCAUGCUAUAGCUCCUCCUUCCUCUAAUAAUUUCAAUUGCUUUACUGGUACCGGUGCUCGUCCGACGCUUGCCCGUGUUCGGCGUCGUUUUAUCCAGAGUGUUUACAGGUCCGAUUCCGUCAACUUCCCCAAUGGUGUCGGUUUGAGCAGAGCAGACUGGCAGAGCACAUGUGCCAUUCUCGCCAGCAAGGUCGUCUCCCAAGAGCAACCCACCGAUAAACCCGACACUGGAUCCGGUGUUGCCAACCACUUUCCCGCUGUAAAUGGCCACAAGACAGCAAUUGAUCUCGACCUCGUUCCCAUCGAGACGGCUGACAACAGCAUGAGCAGUAGCAUUAGCAGCAACAACAAGCCGCAGCCGAAGCCGCUCACCAUAACGGAUCUCUCCCCAGCUCCCAUGCACGGUUCGCAGCUCCGUGUCGCUUACCAAGGCGUUCCCGGAGCUUACUCGGAAGCCGCCGCCGGAAAAGCAUACCCGAACUGCGAAGCAAUCCCCUGUGACCAGUUCGAAGUUGCUUUCCAGGCCGUGGAGCUUUGGAUUGCCGAUCGUGCCGUCCUCCCAAUCGAGAACUCCCUCGGUGGCUCGAUCCACCGGAACUACGACCUCUUACUCCGCCACCGGCUCCACAUAGUCGGUGAGGUUCAAUUACCGGUACACCACUGUCUCUUGGCCCUACCGGGUGUUAGAAAAGAAUACUUGAACAGAGUGAUAUCCCACCCUCAAGCCCUCGCACAGUGCGAGUUGACCCUCACCAAACUCGGCCUCAACGUGGCACGGGAGGCCGUAGACGACACCGCUGGAGCGGCCGAGUUCAUCGCCGCCAACAACCUACGCGACACGGCGGCGAUUGCGAGCGCACGCGCUGCCGGUCUGUACGGCCUGAACAUUUUGGAGGACGGGAUCCAAGACGACUCGAGCAACGUGACCCGGUUCGUGAUGCUGGCCCGAGAACCCAUAAUCCCAAGAACGGACCGGCCAUUCAAGACGAGCAUAGUGUUCGCGCACGGGAAGGGGACGUCGGUGCUGUUCAAAGUGCUGUCUGCAUUCGCGUUCCGCAACAUAAGCCUGACGAAGAUCGAGUCGAGGCCGCACCGGAACCGACCGAUACGGUUGGUGGACGACGCCAACGUGGGGACGGCGAAGCACUUCGAGUACAUGUUCUACGUGGACUUCGAGGCUUCAAUGGCGGAGGUUAGGGCACAGAACGCGCUGGCGGAGGUGCAAGAGUUCACGUCGUUCUUGAGGGUGCUCGGUAGUUAUCCCAUGGACAUGACUCCUUGGUGCCCUUCCGGGGGAGAUUAGCAAAAAU